AUGGAUCACUGGGGCGACCCUUGGGCCGACAACCAUGCCGACGGCAAGUCUCCGACAAAGGACGAGGUAACCUCGCCCUUACCUCCGACGCACGCUCCUGCGCCAGUGCUUCUGAAUGGCUUUUUAGACGACGCGGGAUGGGGCAAUGAGGACGACGGGUUUGGUGAAUGGGCAACAUCAUCAUCGGGAAACAAUGAGACUGCCACGAACGCGACAAACGCGCCGCCAACGAAUCCAAGUGACACGGACGAUGCGCAAUGGGCCACAGAUCAACAAAGCAAGCUACCAACACCAAUUGGUACAGACGAUUGGUCUGGUGCUGCUCAAGACGAUGCAGACGAUCUAGACAAUGUACUCUCCGAGACGUCGGACGCGUCCACUACGAUCCAACCUCCCGAUACUCCCGCAGAGAUCGAAGCCGACGCUUCUGAAUCUUUACAGCCCGACGACAGCUCUUCCGCGCGUCCUUCCACGUCUCCAUCCGAAACCAGCCGCGUUAGUGUGCCGGUGGAAUCCCCUCGGACAUCGAUUGAGGACGAUCGCGGGGCUGGCAAGGUUCCUACAGUGGAGCAUAUCGUAGAAGCUGAUGGUGUUGUAGAGAUCAAGAAAGAAACAAGGGAAAUAAAUAGCGUGGCUAUAGAUACGAAUAGUGAACGCGUCGACGAUGGAUCUCGAAACCUCUCGGAAGAUAUGUCUUCGACGGAGGACAUUCCAUGCCAGGUGGAAAUUACGCGCUCCAUUGACAGCACAGCCACCGAGAGUUCGGAAGAUUCCAGGAUCGAAAGCGAUGAAACAAUAAAGGCGUCUCCGCACACUACUUCCGUUGGCGCCGUCAGCAGCUAUAACUUUACUCUGGACUUAGCUCUCCUAGACCAACUGCUCCCAUCUCCAGAGGUGACGAAGGAACUAGAGGAGGCGCCAGAUGAUCCGAUCUAUUCCACCACAGGACGAAAAGCGUGGUAUAGACUCACGCGUCGACAGACUUUGAGGGCUUUUAACAAUGGCGCUGGCGAUGACAAUCACAUCCGUGUUACGUGGGCAAAUUCCAAUAUCAGGGCAGAAGUCAAUAAGAUUGUAGGAAGAUGGGCACGCGAAGAUCGCAUUUCUGGAACUGGUCCAGGUGCGAGGGCGUCGUUUUAUUGGGAUACGUCUGCACCACUAGAUUUGAAGACGUCGAGUAGUCACUCCCGCACAAAAUCAUCCAUGCCUCCAACGCGUGCUGCUCCGCCAGUUCGGCAAAGCCUCCCGCCUUUGCCGACAAUUACCCCUGCGGCGUUCAACUGGAGCUCCCCAGCGUCUGCCGACCCUUGGAAACAGGAUAGUCCAGGGCUAGGAUCGAUGUCUUCGCCGAUAGCACUAGAGCAUUUCGCUGUUAACGGGCAAACAAAUGAGGCGCCUGCGUUAUCGAUGGAGCCUACAUCACAGAGCCCAAAUCACACAAUACAGGAACCAACAUCGACACCCAUCGCUGAAGCACCCACUGUUACAAACUUGUUAUCACCGCCCAUUCCUAGCAUGCCUGCAAUUUCGCCAGAUACAUGGGGAAACCUUAGCAGUCUGGACAACAACACUUCGAUAGAGGCAGAUCAAGUGAGCGAGGCGGUUGACGACGACGACGAUUGGGGUGAGAUGGUCACGGGCUCGACCGCGUCCACUCCUACUGCAACUGAGACAAUAUCGCAAUUACCAUUGAAGGACACUACACUUCCUAUGCCAGCAUCAACGUUAAGCUCAGUAAAGGUCGCUCCAGCUCAGAACACAUCAGCCGAUACGAUGCACGCUUUACCUAUAGUCCGCCUUAAAAGUAUGAUAUCACCGUCUUCUGCCCUCUUCGGGGCAAAGAGCUAUGUCCCGCGUGGUGUCGAGCAAGGGCCUAUUGGACCUAGUAUUCUGAAGCCUGUCAAUAGGGCUGUUUCCGCAUCGCCUGAGACGAGCAAGAAGGAGGUUCACUCGUGGUCAGGGACGGCCACUACUGUCAAUAACAAGGAGGGAGAGGAAAACUCGCAGCUCGAUGGGUCAAGUGGCGCUCAUGCACAAAAGGCUACUACUAGCCACGAGCCCGUAGCUAGUCACUCCGAAGUCGUCGACGAUUUCUCGGCGUUUGCAUCCAGUACCAUUCCGGAACCUGACAGGCCCUCCACUCCAUCUCCGCCAGCCACUGCAUCAGUCCAACUAAGCGCGGAUUCCUGGGCCGAUGCAGAUUUUUCGUUCUUUGAAUCUCCUCUACCUCCUACAAUUCUUGCUCCGUCUCAUACCAAGCACGACCCUUCAGAUCCGUUCUCCGUGUUUGACAUUACUCCCAGUUCAGCAAGUGCCAUGUCUUUGGCAAACCCGGGUCAACGUUCGCCACCACGGGACCUGACGCCUCCGCCUAGCCAGCCGCUCUCGGGAGUUACGAAAUUUGCGCAGCGGCAAAAGGCAGAAGAAGAUGAUAUCAUUAAGAGUAUCCUAGACGGGCUACCUGAUUUGAAUUACAUGCUGCGAUAA